CUCGCUGUCUCCAGUCAAACACGCAACACAUCGCAAUCACAUCGGCGCCCGUACAUUCUCCGACACAUACCCGCUUCACUCUUUUCCUUAUUCUCGAUUCGCUUCGUUCUGUCCUUCACCCCCUCCUUGUUCUCUUCGCACUCCCGUCAGUUAUGGCUGACAACACUGCAGCGACCAGUGUUUCCGUUCUCUGUGCCUAUCCCGUGUCCAGCAUCUAUGACUUCAACCACAGGUUCGUCUACUAUGUAGCGCUCGCGGUUAUCCUGCUCGCUCCUCGUCAUCGCUGGAUCACCCCUGCCGCAUUCGCCUUCUGCACCCUUUACACCGUCUUCUCCACCCUUUACGUAGGCGCCCUGUCUAUCGCACCGAGCCGUCUCGGCCCCAGCCUGGAUAUCUUCGCACUCAACAGCCUAUUCCUGACCAACACGUACGCUCUCGCCGCUGCCGUGUUCUGUCGCCCAGAUUUGAUCAAAGGCAAACGAGGCUGGCUUCAAUGCAUUCGAGCUUUCGUUUGGCUAUGGGUCGGUUUCAUCACCGCUACACUGGCCAAAUCUUCCUUUGAACGGUUUGCCCAGAAGGCUGUUGUUGAGGUUCAAUGCUUUGCUGAAAACGCGCCCUCGGCGCCAGCAAACAUCUUUGCUUUCGGCGAGCUUGCCUGCGAGAAUCCUUGCGUUGUGCCCGAGACGUCUGUUGCCUACGUUUUGCAAGAGCAGCUCGCUCCUAUGGUUUGGGGCUCGCUUGACACGGCUACCAAUUCCUUCUCCAAAAUGUCCAUUCCUUCCUUGACUCUGACCGAAUACGCCGUCGUCAUCCUCUUCGCCGUGGCUCUCGCCUCCACCCUUUGGAUCAAUUUCUUUACCAGCCCACAGAUCACCCGCAACACAAUCUUCGCGUCCCUGACGCAAGGAAAGAACGAUUCUCGUGUCCGUGUUGUGCUGGCCAAGAUUGCUGCCUUGACGUGGUACAGCUGGAGCUAUUUCGCGUUGCUGCUGGUUGCCCUAGCCACGCCGUUUGUGAGCUACGUGCAAGAGCAGCUUCUUGUUCGCUAUCCUACUGUGCAAAACAGCUGCCUUGUUCGCCAAUGGGUGCCUUGGGCGAUUGGAGUUGCCCUUUUCCUCGUCAAGGUUGCCGUCUGGCGUCGCAGAAGGGAAGCUUGGUCGAAGGAGAAGGCGUGUCGCAUUCGCCGCUUCAACACCGCACUGCUCCGCUUGCAGCGAGGUGUAGAGCUGCCUCUGCCUCUGCCAGAGCAUCAUCACGCGGAGAAAUGCACAGCAGCGCAGGGCCCUGCCUCUGAAAACCCAGAUUCUACUGUUCCGUCCAGCCCUCUCCCAGGGCUGCGAUCAAUGAAGCACCGCAUCGAAAUCGCACACACACGCAAGAUCAGCGGGCUGGUGGACACUAUAUGCGAGUUGAAGGAAUGGUGGAUGGACCCAGCUGGCAAGAAGGAGGCGGAGUCAGCCACUGCAGAUGAAGAGAAAGCUCUUCUGAAAGGACAUUAUUGAGCACCAGUACGGUGAGAGUUUACUAUCAGAAUAAGGGUGAUGCGUCCGAAGUCGCAUUGAUUUCCAAAAGUUGCUUCAGAGUGCAGAAUCUCGACAUGUUGCGAGUUGGCGUGUGACGAAUUUUGUUGGUAUGCUUGAUGCCUGAUGCCUUCCAACCCAGCCCUUCUUGAGCACGGCGCAACUUGGCAUCCUUCCGGCAGUUAUCGAUAUGGUGAAGCCCAACGUACAGCCGUUCCCCACUUUAGACAACGGUGAAUCGGGUAAUCUAAGUGUGUACUGGUAGAAAUCGAACCGUUCUGGCUGCUCAAAGACAAGGCUCAUGCAGUAAACGUGCCGGCCGAGCACGGUCCGGGCUCUGGGUCAGAUCGGAAUGCUUCUCCUCAUGGAGAGGCCACUAGUAGACUGAGGAGAACGCUACGCGAGUUCAAGCUCGGCAAUCAAGAUUGCAUCAAGAAGAAAAAAAAA